CCGCUCGACGCGAUACUGUUUCAUGCGCAUAAUGCGCAACAUCAUAUUCUCGCCGUUCUACAAGGUUCUGAUAGCCGAUUUCUUCAUGGCUGAUCAGUUAACUAGCCAGUUCCCAUUGUUAAGACACGUGGAGUUUGCGGCGUGCUACUUCAUGGCAGGAAGCUUUAGGGCUAACCCAUAUGAGAUGUGUACUAACAGCAAGCAGUACAAACACCUGGCCUAUGUGAUCUCUUUUCUCCCCUACUACUGGAGAGCUAUGCAGUGUUUAAGAAGGUAAUUUGAGGAAGAUGACACGAAUCAGCUCGCCAACGCCGGGAAGUACGUGUCGGCGAUGGUCGCAGCUGCUGUUAGGUUCAAGUACAGUGCAACGCCGACACCAUUCUGGGUGUGGAUGGUCCUCAUCUCAUCCUCAUGCGCCACCGUCUACCAGCUCUACUGGGACUUUGUCAAGGAUUGGGGCUUUUUCACUCCCAAAUCUAA